AUGAAGACACAAGGCUUGCUUAUAGCGCUUACUGCCACAGGCCUCAUGGCCUCCCCCCUCGCGACCGAGAAAGGGACACCGACAGCAAUCGCCGGUACUCCAACCUCGACCCCAAAACCCGAGGCCUACAAUUGGGCAGAUGGAUGGCAGGCGUCAUUCCCCAUUCACUCAUCUUGCAACAGCACAUUGCGUUCCCAGCUUCAGGUCGCCCUCGACGACGCAGUGCAACUCGCUCAGCAUGCCAGAAACCACCUUCUCCGCUUCGGCAGCAAGUCAGAAAUGGUCCAAAAGUACUUUGGAAAUGGGACUCUGGCCGAGCCCAUCGGCUGGUAUGACCGCAUCGUUGCGGCAGACAAGGGCGCCAUGACCUUUCGCUGCGAUGACCCCGAUGGCAACUGCGCAGGCCUACCCACUUGGGCCGGUCAUUACCGCGGGAAAAACGCUACUGAAGAAACCGUCAUCUGCCCCCUGUCCUUCGAGAAACGACGCUCACUCUCAUCGGUCUGCAACCUUGGUUAUACGGUCGCUGGAUCUCCUUUAAACACGAUCUGGGCAGUUGACCUCUUGCAUCGAAUGUUUCAUGUCCCGACAAUCAACGAAAAUGCAGUGGAUCACUUUGCAGACGAUUACAACGGAGUCCUGGCUCUGGCGAAGCAAGACCCUUCCAAGAGCGCUAAAGAUAGCAACGCGCUCCAGUAUUUUGCGAUCGAUGUUUGGGCUUAUGACAUUGCGGCUCCGGGAGUUGGUUGUACUGGCAAGCCUGCAGCGAAACCAAAGGCCUAG